GGCUCCCACAUUUCACAUCCCUGGAGUGUGCUCCUGGAGCUGCAGCAUUAAUAUCAUGGCCAGCUACAGCUGCUUUGGGGUGCACACUGGUCACAGUUUGUUUCCUAAUGUAAGCCCACUCAUAAAAUGUGAUUGUGAGAAAACAUGUCAGGUGUAGUUCACAUUCCAGUGGAGGGGAAGAGUGAUAAAUUGUGUGAGAAUCUUGUGAUGAGAAAUUACCUUGUUUACAAAAGACAGUUUUCUCACAUAAAUGAAAAGAUAACAAUUAAAGUACACCUGAAGUGGCGAUGGGCAGUAGAGUAUGAAAUGUUGUACACCCAAGCUUCCUCUCGUUGCUUCUUAAUGCUGCUUUUUUAUUUAACUAAGUGGGAGGAAGCAGAAGGUUUGUUUCCUUUUCUUGAUAACUCUUAGUCAAAGCAAACAUGUCAUGUUUGCUCCUCUGUAAGAAGGUGGAAUCUAUUGUAAUUUUCACUUUCUUACGUUAUUUCCUCAUGACUCCUGCAAGAUUUGUAAACGCUUGAGUUUCCUAACUUGACAUACUUAGGUGUCUGACUUGGAGCAUUUUGGAUUUGAUUGAAUGUCUCUUAUCUGGUAGGUUUAUCUGGCAGCUCUUAUCUUUAUUGGUGCUUGUGCCUCAUCAGCCAACAUGAUAGUUUUUCAGUGUUAUCCCCUCUCAUGAGAUUAACUGGAAAAGUGAAAUUAAUUUGUGCAAGAUAACACAAGAAGUCUGAGACAGAGGAAGGAACAACCUGCUGUCUGAGAAUGGUGGACCAUUUGAGUAUCAUCCUGCUUUUUAGAAGCAGGUCUGUAAGCACUGCUAAGUGGGGUGCAUAGUGCUCUACAAACCAGCAAUUUUCAAGAUUAUUUAAUUAAUUUAUCUCAUUUUAAGUUCACAUUGAAACUCAGUCAGUCAGGUUUCACCUAAAUGUCAACAAGCAGCCCUGACCCACAGUUGCUCACUGCACUAUACUGAUAGGAAGAUUAUCAAAGCAUCUAUGCUGAAGCAUAGAGCAACAAAAUUAGCCAAGUAUAAAAGUACCCACCAAAAAUGCUAGAAAAACUCUGUCCAUGUAGAGCUAUUAUUUAUUUAUUUACUUUUUAAUUGGUUCUUUAUAGUUAGCUAACAUUGCAUUUUGAAUUUAAGUUCCUCUGACUUCUUAAAGAGCAUAUGCAAGCAUAGAAGGAAUCUUUUUAGUGCUCUCCCAUACUUCAUUUAUUUUUUUCCCAAUAUCUCUGCCAGCAUUAUUAUCCAUUCCUGGGCUAUUAUCCCCAGAUAUAGCUUUACUAAGCAGGUGUAGCUUUCCAUCUGCAUUGGAAAAUGCCUGACGAAUGCUCCUUAUUCUGCAAUAAAGCCACAAGAUAGAAACUUCAGGAUUAUUAUUACUACCGAUGCUACAGUAGUGCCCACCCUUGAUGGUGCAGACAUGAAGAGACUGUGCCUCUUCAAGGGAAAGUGCAGCCUUCUCUGCAUACUGCCCAUCUGUCUGGUGCUGGAGAUCCUCCUGCUCAUUACAGUAGAUUUGCGUCAACCUCCACAUCGAUUUCUGAUGUCUUUCCUUGUAAUUGCUUGUACUAGCAGCAUGGGAGCAUGUGGGUCUGUGGGGAAAGACAUCUAAUUGACUAGCAAAAGCCUAGAUUUUGCAGGUGUCUCUUAUAGUUACUCAGGGCUUAUUAGAUAGCUUAGCACCCAUAAAAGUUGUAAAACGCAUUUGAUGGCAAAGAACUGUAAAAAAGGAAAAAGAAGCAACCUGCUAAAGAUCUGUUCCUUCUGCUUUGUGUUUAAUGUUUUUUCCUCAAAUAUAGAGCUUCUCAUCAGGACACUGGUGGACUCUACUUGCAGAUUAAACUGGAAAUGUAAACAACAUCCAUGUAAUCCACAAGUCCCUGACUGUAUUGAGAAAGAACAUAAGUUACUUUUGGCUGUUAUAGUUCUUGUUAACUGUAGAAUAAAUGCAUAAUCUAAGACUGCCACUCUAUUUUAUUCAUCUGAAUAUGCACACCAUGUAUUUAAAUAGGUUGCACUAUCCUUCAUUGAUUCAUCUCCAUUAAUCCUCCAUUAUUUCCUACUGUUCACCUUUGUCUUAGAAGUAUGAUGUGGCACAUAGUGCUUUUAAUCUGUAAAGUAAAAUACAAAGUAAACUCUUAAGGAAAAUAAGGGAUAGCUGUAUUGCCUGAACACAGUAAGUCAGUGAUGAAACAAAGUGUUUGUUGCUUAGAGAACAUGGUCACAAAAGUAGAUAUGCUCCCAUAAAAGUGAUUGAGAAGACUUCUUUAAACUGCAUGCUUAUUUAUUGCUGUUGUCUAAUCAUGUAUUAAAAAUCCAGUUUGCUACUUCAUGGGGGACACGUGUCAUGCAAAGAACUUCUAACAUUAUUUUUCAUAUGUCACUUAAUCAUAUGUUGUGUGAUGUUUUCUUAUUAGCAGAUUACUGACUGAGAUGCCAAAACUUAAAUUAGUUAAAAAGCAGAAUGAAUAGGGAGAAAAACUUAUUUCUAGACUGUAUAACAAUUCAGGGUCAGCUACAUUGGUUAACUUUGUGUGCAGUGGUUAACUUCAUCUGUGCCUUCUCUCUUUUGUGCUAUCAUACACCAAUUCCAACACUUUCCAGUGUUUUCUUUGAUUAACACUUUUUAGCCAAUUCUCUGAGCAGCUGUGGUAGUGAUAUAAAGGUUUAUUCAGGUCUUCUUUGUGACAGGAAAAUCAUCCUUUUAUCUCCUAUUGUAAAACACUUGGUGUGCGGUCCGUGUUGGUUGAUGCAUCUUGAAAGUGAGUAUUUAGGGACAGAGAGGAGAUUGUCCCUAUCAGUCGCAUGUAGAAGGGAUCAAAAACAUUAAAAAAAAACAGUCUUUCAACCUUUUUUCCAAUGCCAAGUGGCCAGACCAAAAAAUGUGUUGAUUCUUUUGAGUUCUUUGUAAGGUACUUAUCGGGUACUGUAAUCACAGAAUAAUGGUUGUAGCUGUUGCAGUCUUUUACUUUGGAUCAACAGUGUGUUUUUUGAAUAAGUAUUAUCAUCAUCCUCACUUAACAUGCUUUAGUUCACAUCACAAAGCAAUACUGGUGCUUUCGAAUUGAAUUCCUUUGAUAAGAAGCUAAACCAGAAUAUGUGCUUCAGAUCCUUCUUAAUGCAGUUCAGUUGCCACCACUGACUUGCAAUCCUUGGGAUCAGAUCAGAGUUUGGACGAAGUAAAACUCUUUGUAAUGUGUACAACAUAGAUGCCAGAUUCUUAGCACCGAAUACUUUGAUUUACAAAUCUAUUCUGUUUGGUAACUGUUAUGAUAGGCAUAGCCAGCCUAACCUAGAGAGCUUCCGAAAGGAGAGUUACUGGCAUCACCCAGGAGCUGCAGAGGGCAAUAGGAAGAAUUCAGUAACCUCUGAACUUGCAGAAGAGGCUUUGAUACAAAGUCUUUUCAGCCUUCCAAAUAUCACUGAUUUGAUAACAACUGGCGGCGUGAUUGUUGGUGAUAUCCACCACUACUGCUUCCCAGAGGUUAAACAGUAAAAUAAGCAUGGAAUUGGGCAGCUCGAAAUUAGUUUGGCAGUUGCUUAAGCACAAAUAGUUUUCUUAUCAGCUCCAAUACUUGAAAUUGUAUGAGAAAUGUUAUUAAUUUUGAUAUAGUCUUGUAGAAAUCUGUUCUUUCGCCGUACCAAAUCUAAAUGUCAUUUUAGUUUUUCUGAAAUUCUGACCAGAUAGUGGAUCUGGGAAAAUAAACAGCUAGCCAUGUCUGAUCAUACAAUAACCACAAGUACCUUGAAUUUAAGCAUAAGAUUCAGUGGCCAUUUCAGUGCUCACUGGCAGUUAAUAAACAGAUGACUGAAGUUGGAAGAAGCUAAACUCCAAACAGUAACAAUGGUGAUAAUACAGGGGCAAAAGAGACAUUUUAAAAAUUAAUUUAUAUGAAUUUUUUAAAUAAUCCAGAAGAAUACCACCACUUGAUUUACCGACAAGUAAAAUGUUUCACAUUUAUCAACAAUAUAAAUGACUUUGUCUUUUCUAAAAGAAAGAUUCUGAAAUUAUGUUGGGGGUAGAUCUGUGCAUGUGUUUACCAUCUUCCCUUUCUGUCAAAAAAUACAUAUAAAUAUAUUGAAGUCUUACCUACCAAGUGCCUUACCAGCUUUCAGUUUUUCAAAGGGAUUUAGUGGCAGCUUUAUUCACAGAUUUACACGCUGGCUGGGGUGGGAAGGUGGCUCUGGAGACCCUCUGGUGGGACCCCUGUGCUCGAAGCAGGGUCCUCGCAGCUGUGGCAAGCUGGGUCUUGGAUAUCUUCAAGGAUGGGGACUCUACAACCUAUCUGGGCAACUUAUUCUGGUGUUUAAUCACCCUCAUUGUAAAAAGGUUUUCUUGCAUUAAUUUGGAAUUUUCUAUAUUUUUAUGUGUGUCCAUUUCUUUUGAAUUUCUAUUCUCCUCUGUUCCUUUCUUCCUGUAUUUCAACUUGUGUUCAAUACAUUUUCACACAGCAGUGCUUACAACUAAUUGAACGAUAUGUCAGUUGCCUUAGUACAGUUAUGAUGGACUUCACUUUUAAGACAAGGUAGAGUAGGGAAGUUAACCGUUGACGAAAGGACAAAGGUUUUGGUUUAUGAUAUUUACCAUCUUGAACACCAAGUUGGUCUGAAUUCUGUCAGUGCAGCUGUUUGCUGACUGGAUAGUAACAUGGACUGGCUUUCUAUGCUUGUGCUCCUAAGUGGUCUUCUUCAGGUGGUCUGGAAUCAGCCUGCUCUGGAAACUACUGAAGUAGACAUAGAUGGAGGAAUUGAUCAAGACAUCUUUGACAUCAAUGAAGCUCUAGGACUGGACCUUUUUGAGGGAGACAUCAAACUUGAUGGGAUGCAGGAACGAAACUCCAUCAUUGGUGACGAAUAUCGCUGGCCCCAUGUCAUCCCCUAUGUCCUUGACGAUAGCCUGGAAAUUAAUGCUAAGGGAGUCAUCCUCAAGGCUUUUGAACAGUAUCGACUCAAAACCUGUAUUGACUUCAAACCUUGGGAAGGAGAGGAGAAUUAUAUAUCUGUGUUCAAAGGAAGUGGUUGCUGGUCCUCAGUGGGAAACCGGCAGCAGGGCUUGCAGCAGCUCUCGAUCGGAGCCAACUGUGACAGGAUUGCAACAAUUGAGCACGAAUUCCUUCACGCGCUGGGCUUCUGGCACGAGCAGUCACGGUCUGAUCGGGAUGACUACGUGUCCAUCAUCUGGGACAGGAUUCAGACCGGUAGAGAACAUAAUUUCAAUAAAUACGAUGAUAAAACAUCAGACUCUCUGAAUGUUCCCUAUGACUAUACAUCUGUGAUGCACUACAGCAAAACUGCUUUCAGGAAUGGAACUGAACCAACCAUCGUAACAAACAUACCAUACUUCAUGGAUGUAAUAGGGCAGCGGAUGGAUUUCAGUGAUUAUGAUCUACAGAAACUGAAUCAGCUGUACAAUUGCUCCUCCUCCCUAAGCUUCAUGGACACAUGCAGUUUUGAACUUGAAAAUAUUUGUGGCAUGAUUCAAAGUUCAGAUGAUAACAGUGAUUGGCAGCAUUUAUCUCACGUUCCUACUGGGCCAAAUACUGAUCACACUAACAUGGGAGAAUGUGAAGAUUCUGGCUAUUUCAUGCAUUUCAACACCAGUGCUGUAGUAGGAGGAAGCACAGCUAUCCUGGAGAGCAGAAUUCUGUAUCCCAAAAGAGGCUUUCAGUGCUUGCAAUUCUAUUUCUAUAACAGUGGAAGUGAAAGCGACCAGCUCUAUGUCUGGGUCAGGGAGUAUUCUGAUGCCCAUCCAAAUGGUACUUUGAGACUAAUUGAAGAGAUAAAAGGUUUGCCUGUGAAUUACUGGCAACUCCAUCAUGUUUCCUUGAAUGUCACGAGUAAAUUCCGGGUUGUGUUUCAAGGUGUGAGAGGAACUGGCUUAUCAAAUGGAGGUCUGUCUAUUGACGACAUCAACUUGUCUGAAACACAAUGUCCUCACCAUGUCUGGCACAUCAGAAACUUCACGGAUCUCCUCAACACAAGUCCUGCAGGGACAGCAGGAAAAAUAUACAGUCCACCUUUUUACUCUAGUAAAGGAUACGCUUUUCAGGUUGGCUUGUAUGUAAAUGGUACCACAGAUAACCCAUUUAAUUUAGCAAUAUACUUGCACUUGAUUUCUGGAGCAAACGAUGAUCAGUUGCAGUGGCCCUGUGCAUGGCAGCAAGUUACCGUGAUUCUCCUUGACCAGCAUCCUGAUAUUCGUCAACGAAUGUCAAACCAAAGAAGUGUAACAACAGACCCUCUGGAAUUAUCAGAUUCCUCAUCAAAUUAUUUUUGGGAUAGGCCAGAUAAAGUGGGAUCAGCAGCUUCUUUCCCCAAUGGAACUACAUUCAUGAGAGGUCCAGGACGUGGAACAAAUGCAUUCUUAACUCAUCAGAGACUUAGAAGCCGCAACUUUAUUAAAGAAGGUGGUGGUUAUAUUCUUGUAACAAUGGAAGAUAUAUCACAUCUAGUAUCAGCUCAGCCAAGUGUUUCACCCACUGGUCUAACGAAUACUUCCACUGACAGUACCAUCAGACCUACCUCUAUUGCCACCACCACGACCACCAGACCCAUUGCCACCACCAGGCCCACCACCACCACCAAGUCCACUGCCACCACCAGACCCAUCACCACCACCAAGCCCACCACCACCACCAGGCCCACAGAUAGACCUACUGCUACCAAAACACCCAUCCCAACACCCCUUGUCACCCUGACUGAAAAGCCGGAUACGCCAGAGUCCUGUCCAGACAACCCUUGUGAAAAUGAUGGUGUCUGCAUUAUUGUAGAUAGAAAAGCAGUGUGCAGAUGUCCAGCAGGGAAUAACUGGUGGUACAUGGGGGAAAAGUGCGAAAGGAAAGGCACAACCCAAGAAAAUACUAUAAUAGCUGUUUCUUCAACCAUAACAGUAUUCGUUGUUAUGCUUAUUGUCACUAUCACAACUGUGGUGUGCCUUAAAAAGAAAUACAGCAAAGGAGAAGGAAAAGAAAAAAUGGAGAGCCUGACUCUUGAAGAAAAUAAAACAUCCUUCUGAAGAUAAGGCAAUCAAGCACCAAAGACAUAAAAUUAACGUCACUGGAAAACUAUGUUAUCGUUCUUUCUGAUACUUUUAUCUCAGCUGUCAUGAUAAAGGUUUGUAUAGUCUGGAAAAUCAUCUGGAUAAAAUACUGUGCUAACAUCAGUGAA